UCUGAUCUUCCUCUCCCUUCUAGAGCCGUCUACUCUAAUCCCUCACACGCGAGUCAAAAUCCACCUCAAUGCCCAAAAAUCAGUACAAAAAAGAACAACUCAAAGAGUUGCAGAACAUAGUAGAGAGUCAAAAUCCACCUCACAAAGAACUGUGUUGACGACCAUAACUUCCAAAACAGAGCCGACCCAGAAGUUGGUUUUCUCAGACGAGCACAAAGCCACCAUCUUUGCUGCAGAUCCAAGCUCAGAACCAAGCUCUAGGAAAUGAUGAUUGACUAUGUUGUUGUCCCUGUGGCUUCCAGUUUUGGCCUUGAAGAGGAUUAUAAAUACUUGACGAGAUCAAUGAGGGAAUUUUUGACAGGUCACAUAUAUGUGAUCGACACAAAAACAGAUCCGGAAGCUCCCUCUCUACAUAAAGUUGUUGACCCUGAAGACGUCGUACAGAAAAUUGGAUUGGCAUACCCACACACAUCUCACUGUCUUGCAUCUGGUGAUUUCUUCUCCUUGACUCAGAGUUUAAUGUCAAGGGAAGGUUUAUCCUCUGAGGCUGCUGGGAGACUAUCACCUCUUUUAUCGAAAAUGUCCAACAUAACUGUAUUUUUUUGUCAAGUCAUUGUAUCUGAUGAACUCUGGCUUGGCCUUGACACCUGCUACCACAGUUUGGAAUGAGAUCCAGAAGUCAUCACUGUCAUCUGUUUGACUUGGAGAAUGGUAGUAUGAGCAACAUUGGCUAUUCUCAGUUGUUCUAGAUCCCCAUCAAAUUGGCCUACUAAUUGAUGUCCGGCUGUAUCCUUUGAAUGCAAGUUCAAAUCUUUUCUUGUUACUUUAUUAUAAUUCGUAUUGGUUACACAAUUUUAAGUUUGUAUUUUUUAUUUCCCUGAGCAGCCAUUAAAUAUGUCAAAAUGCAUAGUUAAGGAACAAUCGGCAGGAACAAUAUUUUGGGGCUGUGGUGUGGUUUGAAGAAGCAACCCUAUUACAGGGAGGAAAUAACCUUUGAUUUGUGUAUAAUGUGGCUCAACUCCUUUAUGUUGGUUUUAGAAUUUAGCUUUUUGAAGUAAAGCCAGCUUAUGUGGUUAGUUAAUUCUCUGAGCACAGUCUCUUAAACAUAAAGCACACUAAUGCUUACAAUUUGGUGAUGAGAGCUUGACAACAGAACAGAUUGUUGUAGCAAGUGAACAUGACUCUAAGAGGUCGUAUACAUGGUCGUAUACAGCACCCCGGAACUGUGUUGAUCAAUCUAGCUAGAAGGAUUCCUUUUUUGAAGCAUCUUUCUCCUACUUUGCUUUUGGACCUUGCUUUUGUAGACAUGUAAUGUAUCUAAUAAUUGUAAAUACAAUAUUUCUGACCUAAAUCAUAUUGACAAUAUACAAACAUCUUCUUCACCUCAA